AUGGAGCAAAAGGAGUCAAAUCACCAAGUUCCCAAGUCUAGAGCACCAAAUCUACAUUUCUCGCUAAAGACCAAACCGGAGCAUCCGAAGUACGACCGCAUAUUCAUGCCUUCCCGACGUCCAAAAGUCAUGAUUCUUAUAUGGAAAGAUAGAUAUUUGAGUCAUGACCCACGGCGAAGUGGAAAGAGAGGCCCGAGACCGCGCCCAAGGCCUUGGCUCGUCUUGACACUAGAUCUAACUCAAUCAAGGAAGCUUCCAUUGGCCCGAACUCGGCCCAUUCAAGAACUUGGAGAGCAAGCUCAAGCGGCUAAAGAGAAAUGGAAACUUUCCUCUUCUUGGCGCGCUCAACUUUGCCGACCUAGACCCGCUCUCUACCUAUAUAUACUUGCUUUUAGCCUCUUGUAA